AUGCUGAAGUGUCGACUUGACGGCCUUCCUCCGCGUGAGUUCGUGGUCUCUUCGAAGGAAGUGGUCGACGGCAAAGAAAGCAAGGCUUCACUUCAGCGGAAACGUGCUGCACAACUGCAGACCUUAGAGCCGCGGGCGCUGGCUGAUGCAGAAUCUUUGGCUGCGAAGGCCGAGGAGGCUGGAAAAAGAUUGCAAGGACCGGAUCAUGAGAAGCUGCUCAAGAAAUUGCGAGCAGUGGCAGAAACAAAGCGGAAGAACCUCAUGAAGGAUGCACUUCCUGUAGGCAGCGAAGCCGACAAGGACACGGCUAAAAAAUAUGAGGCUGCUGUGGCGAAGGAGGCAUCUUUGCAAGCUGAGCUGUCAGAGCUAAAGAAGAUCGGCUUCAAGCUGGAUCUGUUGCACCGCAACCCUUUGGAAGCCUCCAAAACCAUUGUCAUUGUGCAGGAUGCAUCAGCUGCAAUAAAUUUUCGUGGGCUCGCGAUCGAGCAUGAGAGCUGGAAAGGAGAUACCCCGCAGCUGGAGCGGCUUCUGAAGAAGGAACAUGUCAUUUGGUGGGUUGAAGAUGAGUCAGGCUUUGUCUUGCCUCAAACCGAUGACGAUGUGUGCGCAAUGUUGCUGGCCUCCAGGUUGCUUGGUGGUUAUGUUGCCAGCGGGGCUUGGUUGGAGGCAUCCAAGCAGUUGGGCAAGAUCUUGCCGCCUGCACUGCGGCUGUCUGCCGCUCUACGUUCGGAGCGCAAUUGGGAGAUGUACCUUCACAAAUCUGCCGCCGAA